AAACUGAGAACCAAACGAACCCUUAUCCGUUCUCGGAGUACGCGCGAUGAAGAAGGAACUGCUGUCCUCCGUUCCAUGGCGGGGCGAAGAAAGGAGCGAAAAUUUUCCUAACGCAAAGCUGAAAGUCACUAAUAAUUCUGGUUCCAUGCCGACGAUGCAUGUUCCCCGUAAGAGUUCCGUGGCUGGCAAGGCCGACAUAGACGAUAACGUUGCCGAGAUCGACCCCGAGCUUAGAUACAGUUUUCAUAGGAACGUUCAGUUUCUGCAACGAGUUUUUAGCAUUGACACCCUUGUGAAACCUCUUCCUCCAGCUAUGGCAUACAAUGUAUCACGGAAUUUGAAUUUUUUCACUCGCAUAUUCACUCAAUUCUUUGGUCAAAUCGAAGCUGAAUGGGCUUCCAGACUUGGCCACCAAAUUUGAGAUUGAGCUGUUUUGCAGCUAGCGAGAGUAUUCUUAGUGUUACUAUUGAUGUACUUUUACCUGAAUUUUAUUAAAUUAGUGUAUGGGGAAUUAUUUAGGAGGAAUAUCACUUGAUUCUAGUUGAUCAAAUAUUGUAUGCAGGGUUGCUACAUACUGGCAAAUAAUACCAAUAAAAAUACUGAAAUAAAUCUAAUUAAAAUAAAGCUCAACUUCGAAUAAAAUUCCCUUAAUUUAUAGUUGAAA